AUGUAUAGACAGGAUCAUGUCUUCGUCGUCCUGUGCGCCGUGCUCCUCGCCGGACAAGUGACCGCUGUUCCUGCUGGGACUGGCAUCAACCCACAUUCACCACCGUUAGGUCCCUUUGAAUCCGUACGCUUCGCAUCGCAAACACAAUCCCAAAUUGCAUCCUCUCGGGGUCCAUUUACCUGGCUACGAGACACUGUGAUCGAACGGAUAUGGGGCAUUGACAAAAAGCACUCAAACAAAGUGGGAUCGCAACCUCGGCCGGAGAAAUCAUGGAGUCGGUACGGAAGCGAUAUCGUUUUGCGCAUGGAAGUUCACAGCACGGAGGAAGUUGAGGCUUUGGCAGAUGCCGUAAAUAUUCUCUUUCUGGAUGUUUGGGAUUCAAAUGAGAAUUAUGUAGAUAUUCGGAUGGCAAAGGAAGUUGUUCCUUCAUUGCUAGGGCUUCUUCCACAAUCUCUCCAAAAAUCCCACACCUUGCUCAUUGAAGAUCUAUCAAAGGCGAUCUACGAGUCCCGAUACCCGACCCGCGAUUAUCAACGCCACACGAUUGAUCAGACCGAUUGCCAUACAGUCCCGCGACCAUUAGACGUAGCCGAUUUGUUCUUCGAUCACUAUCAGCCAUUCAACGUUAUUCUUCAAUGGAUGCGCUUAAUCGUAUCCAUGUUCCCAUCCCAUGCGCAAUUGGUCAAUGUUGGAGUUACUCACGAGGGCCGAGACAUUCCUGCUUUUCGACUUGGUGUACGCUCGCGCGAUGACGAGCAGGAGGGACCACGGAAAACAAUUAUGAUUGUAGGGGGAUCGCAUGCACGUGAAUGGAUCAGCACAUCGACGGUAGCUUACAUUGCCUUUCAAUUGGUGACGGAGUUUGGCAACUCCGUUGCGAUAACCAAAUUAUUAGAAGACUUUGAUUGGGUUCUUGUUCCUACCAUCAAUCCUGAUGGAUAUGUUUAUUCAUGGGACAUGGAUCGUCUUUGGCGCAAGAACAGACAGCCAACCGGGCUUCCCUUCUGUCCAGGAAUAGAUCUCGAUCGUUCUUGGGGUUAUGAAUGGGAUGGCCAGGGGACGCGUGCAAAUCCUUGUUCCGAGAGCUAUGCUGGUAACAACCCCUUUGACAGCAUUGAGACCAGGACUAUUGCCGAGUGGGCCUACAAUCAGACACAGGACAAGAGAACCGACUUUAUUGGCUUCUUGGAUCUACACUCCUAUUCUCAGCAAAUUCUUUAUCCUUAUUCAUAUUCCUGCUCGACCGUGCCACCAACCUUGGAAAACCUUGAGGAGUUGGCAUUCGGUAUUGCCAAAGCAAUCAGAAUGACCAACCAAGAAGCUUACGCUGUGAAAUCAGCCUGCGAAGGAGUCGUGACUACCGACAAAGGGAAUGGCCAACGAGUCUCGGCCAAUGUCGAAAGUACUGGCGGCAGUGCUCUAGACUGGUUCUAUCACCAACUCCAUGCCAAAUAUUCCUAUCAGAUCAAACUACGUGACAAAGGAAUGUAUGGCUUCCUUCUCCCUCCUGAACAUAUUGUACCCACCGGCCGAGAAAUUUUUAACUCGGUACUGGUAUUGGGCCAUUUCUUACUGGGUGAAGAUGCGAAUGCAUUGGAAUGGGAGUUUAUCCCAGGCUCCAAGUCAACAUCAGAGCAAGAAAACGGUUCCUCUCGUACUUUUGAUCGUUUAUUUUUCAACAUGAACGAGGACGAGCUUGAAAAGCCGGGUAAUGACCGUGAUUACUCUUCGGUGGUUGAAGAAGAUGUAUAUCAAGACGAGGGCUGGGGGUUGUGGUGA